CUCUGUUUGGGAAAUAUGCUUGAGGUCCGCACGGAUCUCUUGGAUCGGCGCUGGACCUAUUUUCCUGGCGCGCGGAUCGCGCCAGGGGCGGCGCCAGAGGCGCCGCCAGGGGGGUCCAAGUGCCGAUGCAAGAAAUCUGCGCGGAGCUCCGAAAGUUUAUGUUUACUCCGUAUUGUGAUCCUCUAGUUCCCCGAUUCAUGGCGUCCCCCCGUGAAGGCUCAGCCCCCCUCUGGGACCGUCGCAGCCAACUUCUUUUGGUGGUCACGAGCCAGCGGCGGCGCAGACUCCGGAGCAGGCGCUCUCGCACGCGAAGAUGGGCUUGUGGACGACGUGCGUGGCCUUCUCGGCGGCCACUGCGCACUUUCUCAGCGUCUGGGUGACGUACAAGGUUGAGCUCGACCACAAGCACCACAGGGAGCACGAGUUGGAGCUCGAGCAGGGCCGCCAUCUGGACGACCCGCACCACCGCCGGCACUUGCGACGGCACUUGAAGAAGGAGGAGGCGAAGCACGCCGCGAUGAAGUGGACUUUGCAGCAGGCGGAGGAGACCAGGCGCGCGCGGGCCGGGCACGAGGCUCCCGGCCCGGGGGUGACUGCCGCGUGAGCGCGGCCUCGCAGGCUCUGGCGGCUCCACUUGGGACGGGGGAUGGCAGGGGUGAGAGGACAGCGGGGGUGGUACGGCGACUGCCAGAUAGGGCCGGCCAACGCGCAGCGAGCCCUUCGAGCGGGGGGCGGUUUCACCCGUGGACGCGUGGCGCGAGAAGGUGGAGCCCAUGCCAGGGCCCCGGUUGGCAUCACGAGGGCGAGCGCGUGCGCUGAAACAUGGUCGCCGCCACCGCUGUCGUCGUCAACCCGAGGCCGAGCUCCGGCGGCAAGCGA